AUGCUUGUGAACUCCAAGAGGGUUCUGCCGAAGUCACUCCUGCAGCUGUUGCUACUCCUUUUUGAUGUUCUUCACAGUUGCAGGUCUGACAACGAGAGGGCAAUUGAGCUCAUGCAAGAAACCCGUUUAAUUGAUGGUCACAAUGAUCUGCCACUGAAGCUGAGAUGGCUGUACAGCAACCGUCUGAGUAAGGUUGACCUCAGGACCCUCGACACCACCGUCACAAAUAUUAACAAGCUGCAAGCCAGCCAUGUUGGUGCUCAGUUUUGGACCCUGUACAUCCUCUGCGAUGCCCAGAACAAAGAUGCCGUGCGGCUCACGCUGGAACAAAUCGAUGUUGUGAAACGGAUGUGUGAAGCCUACGAUGAGCUUGAACUGGUAACAUCCGCUCAAGGCAUCGCUGACACUGCAAGUAACAAGAUAGCAUGCUUGAUCGGUGUGGAAGGGGGUCACGCCAUUGACAGCAGCCUUGCAACUCUGAGGAUGUAUUAUGCACUGGGCGUUCGCUACCUGACACUCACAGCCUUCUGUAACACACCAUGGGCACAAACAGCUACACAUAAGGACCACACUCUCUAUUUAGAUGCUGAACCUUUGGCAGCUUUUGGUACAGAAGUGGUGAAAGAGAUGAAUCGUCUGGGCAUGAUAAUAGACUUAACUCAUGCAUCUCAAGCAACUGCCAUGGCUGUCUUACAACUCUCCAAAGCGCCAGUCAUAUUCAGCCAUACGGGAGCCCACGCCAUUUGCAAUGACCCCAGGAACGUUCCUGAUAAUAUUUUGCAACGUCUGAAAGAAAACAAAGGAAUUCUGAUGGUGUCCUUCGAUAAAAGGAACAUAGCCUGCGGAGAGAACCAGGCGACCAUUUCAGCUGUGGCAGAUCAUUUUGACCAUAUAAAGACAACAAUAGGUUCAGGAUACAUAGGAAUCGGUGCUGAAUACGACGGAAUGAAUGAGCACCCCGAAGGCCUGGAGGACGUCUCCAAAUACCCAGCAUUGAUCCAAACCCUGUUGGACAGAGGCUGGAGUGAGGAGGAGCUACGAGGCAUUUUGAGAGAGAACUUCCUCCGUGUUUUCCGGGCGGUGGAACAAGUGCGGGACGCCCAGGCUUCUCAGCCAGCCAAUGAAGAACAAAUCGACCUGGAACGGGUAGCCAACGCGUGCCGCCUCGUACUGAAACCACCUGUCGGUUAGUGCAUAAUUGCUGACGCUGCCAUUUUGUACGAAGUUCACGACCGAGAGACUCGACAGUCUAAUCUUUCACUGUUGUCGUGCCCACGUGGCAGCCAUGUUAGAAAA